AUGGAGCUUAAAAACGUCCUUAUCACGGGUGGCUGUGGCUUCGUCGGUUCAGCGAUCGCCAGGGCCGUAGUGGAGAAGUACCCAAAAUGCCGCAUUACCGUCAUAGAUAUAACGCCGCCAGGCCCAAUCCAUAAAGUGCCGUCGCAAGCUGAAUUCAUCAAAGUAGACGUGACAUCUGCAGCCCACGUUGACAAGGUACUGCAUCAGGCUCAGCCCAACGUCGUCAUCCACACAGCAGGUAUCGUGCCCGGUCUUGCAGAGCGCUUUGGGCGACGACUCCAGAGUGCGGUGUGGAAGCUGAAUGUUGACGGAACAAGGAUUAUAUUGGAGGCUGCGAAGCACUCUGGUGUCAAAGCUUUUGUCUUCACGAGUAGUUGUUGCGUGACAAUAGAUGAUAUGCGCCUGCCGUACAGAAACAUUAGCGAAGAGUGGCCCACAUCGCAGACAUCGCUGAUAUAUGGCGAAUCAAAGGCAGCUGCGGAGAAACUAGUGCUCGAGGCUUGUUGCGCCGAAAUGGUUACAUGCUCACUAAGACCGUCAGUGUUGACGGGGCCCGGUGACUACCAGCUGCUGCCGGCAAUCCAUGCGUGUAUUGCGAAAUGGGAGACACCGUGGGUACUAGGUGAUGGCCUCAAUUACUGGGACGUAACCCUGGUACAGAAUAUUGCCGAUGCACAUGUCCUUGCUGCCGAAAACCUACUUUCGACCAGAACCGCGGCAGGCGAGGCCUUUUUCAUUCAGAAUAACGAACCCAUCACAUUCCGAGAUUUCUGCCUCGCGAUCUGGGCGCAUUUCGGCCAUAUACCACCCUUUACCGUGCACGUCCCCGAGUCCUUGGCUUGGAUGGCUGGUCUAAUGUCUGAAUGCUACACCUGGUUCUCUGGCACUGAAACUACCCUCAGCAGGGGAAGCGUGAAGGAUGCAUGCCAUAUGAGGUAUGCAAGUGGCGAUAAGGCGAAGCGUAUACUGGGCUAUGAAGCUCGAAUUGGCCUUGAGGAGGGCAUUCGGCUUAGUUGCGAGGAUUAUGCCCGUCGACUGGGCAUCAAAUUACCCGAGAAACCCAGCCUAAAAGCCAAGGCAUCAUAG